AUGAAGACCGUCGUUUCCAAAACUGGAGUGGAAGUUAUCUAUCCUUGCUCAGUUCAUUUACUCGCGAACGGCGAAAUCCUGGAGUGCGAGUACAAAUCUGACAAUGUUGGAAGAGAUCUGAUCGACUACAUUUGCGAUCAAUUGAAUAUACAGGAGAAGGACAUCUGGGGUCUUCGAUUCGUGGAUACUUUCGAGCAAAGACAUUGGCUGGAUUUGAACAAAUUGAUAAGACCCCAAGUCAAAAACGUUUGCCCCAUCCACUUUCACUUCAGAAUGAAGGUAUAUCCACCUGAGCCAUACAAACUGCUGGAUCUGGAAACGAAAUUCCAGAUAUUCAUGCAACUGAAGCUGGACCUCAUGAGUGGUAGGCUAUGCUGCGGUCCUAGCGAUUCAUCACUAUUUGUGGCCCUGAUUCUUCAAUAUACGUAUGGAGAUUUCGACCCUGAGAGACACUCUGGCAACUACAUCAAGGAGAAGAUCAUCAUGAACCAGUCGUUCGCUGGAGAAAUGAAAGCGAUUGACCUCCACAAGCAUCACUUGAGGAGCUUGAACCCCACUCAAAUAAUGGAUCUUUUCCUGAGGAUGGCUUGCCAACUGGAAACCUACGGGGUUGACCCACAUUUGGUAGAGAACUUAAACCACCAAAAGUUCAAUUUGUGGAUCAAUUACAAAGGUAUGGUCACAUACGUAGAGGGAAAGAAGAACCAGCACAUAGACUGGAUGAAUAUAAAUAAAAUUCAGCAAGAAGACAAUAAAUUAAUGGUUCAUUUAUGCUCCGGUGGAACUGAAACAUUUUUUUCUCUCACAAAACCGGAAUGUAAUUAUAUAUAUCAGAGUGCUGUUGAUCACCUCAUCUACUUCACAACUUCCGGAACACAGUCGACGGUGGGUCAUAUUGGCAAUGAUAGCAUGGAAGAGCUUCAUAAAGACCUGAAAGUAUUCGAGAAACUGGAGAAUUCUGGAAACGUGGCUAGUGAAUCAACAAAACGUCAAGAAAAAUCAAAAUAUGGGGUGUCCAGGAUAUCCAAAUUCCAUUCUCCGCUGUGUCAAUUUUAUGUCACCGCACUUAUGGUGUUUGCCAUUGGAGUAGCAAUUGAGUUAUACAUAGCUUUUGGUUAUAACUCCCUCAAACAUUAUAUUAUGAAGAUACAUCGUAAAUUGAUAGAAAAAUACUUUUGGAAUAAGCUCAGUAAAAUUUUUUAA